UUCCCCCAGCCCCAGCAAACGCUCCCUUCCCCCGCUCUCUUCGGUUCGACCGACAGAAACGCAGCAUGUCCUUUGCCUUAGGAUUCCAGGGGCCAAGCGAAACAAGCGGGACCCUGAGCCCCCGUUUAUCGGCUUCUUCUGUUGUCAGGGUCUAACGGCCCGGCGACGCCCCCGAGCAACAUUCCCAGGGAGCCAAGGGGAAAGGAUCGCCAAGGGAGGAGCGAGGCAGCCGGAGAGGGAAGCGUGGGGGCGUGCGCUCGAGCUCUGCCUCUCUCUCUCCUUUGCCCGGCCUCUGAGGCGCUUGGCUUCCCCUAGCCGCUCGCAGCUUGCUUGGCGAAGGCUGCCAGCCCUCUGCCGCGGCUGCCAUGAACCGGCUGGGGAGAAAAGACGACGAGACUCUCAUCGAGAUGGCUUCGGCUUCCGAUGGAGGAGAAGUCAAUGGACCUUUAUUUGAAAAUAUAUCAAACACAGAUUCAGAACAUCCUGGUAAUUCUGAGGGCCUAAGUACCACUGAGACUACAUUACUCAUCUCUGACCUUCAAGGGAAUACUGGAAGGAGAUUCAAUCUGUUCCUGAAGCGACGUCUCAGGAUUGACAGGCAACAUCAAAGCAAAGACUCUAUUUUCUUCAGAGAUGGUGUCCGGCAAAUAGACUUUGUUCUGUCUUAUGUAGACGAUCCAAAUAAAGAAGGAGAAAAGAAAGUGGAGAGAAGACGAGAAUUUGAAAACAAUCUAGAAAAGGCAGGUCUGGAACUAGAAACGGAAGACAAAAAGGAAUCUGAAAAUGGCAAGACUUACUUUGUGAAGGUUCAUGCGCCAUGGGAGGUCCUAACUACAUAUGCUGAAGUGCUGAACAUCAAAGUGCCUAUAAAGGAAAAUGAUAUUACUUGUGCCGUAGAGAACCCCCUUGACUGUAUGACUCGGCCAUUCAGGCUGCCCGAGAACGUGAUGCAUCCAGAACCAGAUUACUUCACAGCCCCGUUCAGCAAGGAAAAGCAGGAACUCUACCUCAUUCAUGACGAACAUACAUUUUUCUCCCCGUCCGUUAGAAACAGAAUUGUUUACUAUAUUUUAUCAAGGUGUCCUUAUGGAACAGAAGAAGGAAAGAAGAAGUUUGGGCUUAAAAGACUGCUAAACAAUGGCACCUACACUGCUGCUUACCCUCUCCAUGAUUGUCAGUACUGGAAGAAGUCAAAUGAUCCAAAGUGUGACAAUGAAAGAUAUACACUAUACAGGGAAUGGGCAAGGUUUUUUCAGUUCUACAAAGAACAGCCAUUGGAUCUUAUCAGGAAGUAUUAUGGAGAGAGGAUUGGAAUCUAUUUUGCCUGGUUGGGAUUCUACACUGAGAUGCUGUUCUUUGCGGCUGUAGUUGGCUUUGUCUGCUUUCUGUAUGGUGCAUUCACAAUGAAUGAAAAUAUGAGUAGCCAAGAAAUCUGUGAUACUAAUAUAGGGGGAGAUAUUAUCAUGUGCCCACUAUGUGAUCGAAAAUGUGAUUACUGGAGGCUGAACUCCACUUGUGAAUCUUCACAGUAUUCCCAUUUGUUUGAUAAUGUGGCAACCCUCUUUUUUGCAAUCUUUAUGGGCAUCUGGGUUACACUGUUCUUGGAAUUCUGGAAGCGGCGACAAGCUCGGCUUAAAUAUGAGUGGGAUUUAGUUGAUUUUGAGGAGGAACAGCAACAGCUUCAGCUGAGGCCAGAGUAUGAAGCAAAAUGUACUCAAAAGAGAAAAAAUCCAGUAACUCAGGAAUUAGAAGUGUUUAAGAGGAAGACCGUAAAUGACUAUGGGAAACUGAGCUUGUUGUACUUUGGAAUAUUAUUUUGGAUCUCCUUGAUCAUAGCAAGUAUGAUAGCUGUGAUAGUAUACCGCCUUGCAGUUUAUGCUGCUUUUGCCAGCUUCAUGGAGAAUGCACAAACACCAACUCCUAUUCGUCGCUUACUGACACCGCAGCUGGCAACAUCAGUCACUGCAUCGUUCCUGAAUUUUGUUAUCAUCAUGAUCUUGAAUUUCUUAUAUGAGAGGAUAGCCAUCUGGAUCACAGAUAUGGAAAUUCCACGAACACACCUUGAGUAUGAAAACAGACUGACUAUGAAGAUGUUCCUAUUUCAAUUUGUCAACUACUACUCUUCAUGUUUCUAUGUGGCUUUCUUCAAAGGAAAAUUUGCGGGUUAUCCUGGCUUUUAUACGUACAUGUUUAAUACCUGGAGAAAUGAGGAGUGUGAUCCUGCAGGAUGCUUAAUAGAACUAACAACACAGCUUACCAUUAUCAUGGCUGGCAAACAGAUCUGGGGGAAUGUCCAGGAAGCUGUUUUACCGUGGAUCUGGAAUUGGUGGGGCCGUCGGAGAGCUGGGAGCAGCCCAGAGAAUCUGUACAGUCGAUGGGAACAUGACCACGAUCUGCAGACCUUUGGACCCUUGGGACUAUUCUACGAAUACCUAGAAAUGGUUAUUCAGUUUGGAUUCAUUACUCUGUUUGUGGCCUCUUUUCCAUUGGCCCCGCUACUUGCUCUGAUGAACAAUAUCUUGGAGAUUAGAGUUGAUUCCUGGAAACUUACAACACAAUUUAGAAGGCCAGUGGCAGCUAAAGCCCAUAGCAUAGGUAUUUGGCAAGAAAUUUUAAAUGGAAUGGCAAUCUUGUCAGUUGUCACAAAUGCAUUCAUUGUAGCCUUCACAUCUGAUAUGAUCCCUCGAUUAGUUUACUAUUAUGCCUAUUAUACAGACCCUAAUUCACCCAUGUCGGGAUACAUUAACAGCAGUCUGUCCAUAUUCCAAACCUCAGACUUUUCUGACGCAAACAAACCUGAACAAUCUACAGAACACUAUGAUACCUGCAGGUACAGGGACUAUCGAUAUCCACCAGACCAUGAGAGGAAGUAUACACACACCAUGCAGUUCUGGCAUAUUCUGGCUGCCAAAAUGGCUUUUAUAAUUAUUAUGGAGCACGUUGUCUUCAUUGUCAAGUUCUUCAUUGCCUGGAUGAUCCCUGAUGUCCCAUCUGAGGUGAAAGCCAAAAUAAAGCGUGAGAAGUACUUAACACAAAAAAUCCUACAUGAGUAUGAACUCAAUAAACUCAGGCAGAAACUAUGUGAAAGCAGAACCUAUGCCAGUAUGGAAAAGGAAGUCAUUGCCAGUGAAGGGAGAGUGGAGUUGGCAGAAGUCAUGUAACAUGAGGACAUGCUGUACGCCUUGGGAAUUCUAGCCUGUGAAAUUUGGUUGCUUAUUAUCCGAAAGCUGCUCAGUAGGCUGCGAGAGCUGUUGAGGAUAUCUACUGCUUUGCAUAUGGUCCUAAAAGUCUUACUAAAGAAGAUUAGGAGGAAAAAUGUGGAUCAGCCGUCAAGAAGCCUAUCUUGUUGAGUUCCACAGGCUCCUUGCUAUAUAAGCUUGGAAACAAAGUUUGGCCCAUGGUAUUGCAAUGUCUCUUCUACUGCCAUCUCUUUCUGAGACAUUAUACUUUCUGGAACAAGGGUUGUCAUUAAGUGUUUGUUUAAUGAAUAGCCUGAAAAAGUUCCAUGUUCUCAGCUGUGACUCAAAACCAUGCCUUUCAAUGUAUGAGAAUGGUCUCCUUAAAAAGUAUCAUGCAGGUUGCCAGGAAGGGCAAAAAUUAUUUCCUGGGUCCUGACCCAGGCUAGAUUUUGUGUGUGUGUAUAUGUGUGUGCGUGUGUGUGUUGAUAAAGGAUAUCUGUGAGGUUGAGAUUGUGGGACAUGCACUCCUCCACUUGAAGCACUGUCGAUUGAUGGUGCAGGAGCCAAAAGGGAGACAUCCUUAUUGUUUUAAUAGAGUUUUGUAUCCCCAUAUUAUGUUUCCUUUGGACUUAACAGUAUACCACAGCCUUGUGGUGCUUGUAUCCCCUUUCUUGUCUGCUUGUUUCCUGACCUGGGAAUAUUGGACGCUCAGAUGCUAAUCUGCUAGUCAUACUUAACUUGGAAAGGUUCAAACCGCUUAGUUUAGCUAGUAUGAAAAAGGUUUGAGGCACCUUGGCUCUACCAACACACAAACAAAACUCACAUCUGAUUUAAGAAAAUAAGAGCCUUACUCAGUAUUAAAGAAAUACUAAUCCGUAUUUCUCUGCUUGCUAACACUGGCUGUUAGAGAGCAUGUGGGUUUUUUUUAAUUAUUUGGUUUAGAUAAUGGAUAUGAGCAUUAGAUACAUGGAACAUUACUUGGAAAAUCUUACACAUAUCAUAUAUUUGCAUUUGUG